AUGCUUUGAAGCAUGCAAAAGGAAAAUUUGAUAUUUCCAUGACAUUGUCGGAAGCUGCCUUAGCAGAUAUAAGGUGGUGGCGAGACUCUGUGAGUAGUGCAUACAAUAUUGUUCAGCAUGGAGAGCCAGAUAUUGUUAUUCAUACUGAUGCAUCCAUGCUAGGAUGGGGGGCAGUCAUGGGCACUCUAUCAGCUAAGGGCGGAUGGGGUCCAUCCGAAGCCUCCUAUCAUAUAAACGGACUAGAAAUGCUAGCAGUAUUCUUUGCCCUGAAAGCAUUUCGGGACCAUAUUAUGGGCAAACACGUUAGAGUUAUGAUCGAUAACAUGACAGCUGUAACAACAUUAGCCCACAUGGGCACUAGUCAUUCAAAGGCAUGUAAUAACUUAGCCCGCUGUAUUUGGGACUGGUGUGUUGAGAACAAUGUGUGGCUGUCUACUGCUCACAUCCCAGGAAAGAUGAAUGUAAUGGCUGACUGGCACUCUAGAAAUGUCAAUAAUGGGACUGAAUGGGCAUUAGACCCAAAGAUAUUCAAGGAUGCAUUAAAUAAAUUGAAUGUGAAGCCCACCAUUGAUCUUUUUGCUUCGCGUUUAAAUUACAAACUAAAACCGUUUGUAGCUUACCAACCUGAUCCGGAAGCAUUUGCAAUAGAUGCUUUUAGCUUAUCAUGGCAGUCCUAUUUAUUUUAUGCUUUCCCUCCUUUCAGCCUUAUGGCAACUGUUCUUCAGAAAAUUCAGGAAGAGAAGGCAACAGGUCUAAUAUUGAUUCCCAAGUGGCCAACUCAACCUUGGUGGCCAACUGUUAUGAGAAUGCUAAUUCAAGACCYACUGGAACUUCCCAGGAAAAUAGGGAUGCUCUUCCAACCCAGUCAACCAACUAUAACCCACCCACUACAGGGAAAACUGGUGUUGCUCCUAUGUCAUGUAUCAGGGAACAUUUCAAAGGUCAAGGACUAUCAGAAAAAGCUACCUCAUUGGUCAUGUCAUCAUGGCGAAAUGGCACUAAAAAGCAGUACAGUCCAUACAUUGAUCGAUGGAAAGAGUACUGUCAUAAAAGGAAAAUUGAUCCAUUUUCAGCAUCUGUAGAGGAUGGGGUAAAUUUCCUUGCASAGUUAUAUGACUCAGGCAUGGGAUAUAGUGCAGUUAACACUGCAAGGAGCGCCUUGUCUACCUGCAUACAGACAACUGGGCACAAUAGUUUUGGAAGCCACCCAUUAGUCUGCAGACUACUGAAAGGGGUAUUUGAAUGCAGG